CGCCGACAACAUAUUCAAGCUGGGGCGACUCUCAACCAACUUGCAAAAUGGCAGCCCCGAUAACGAAGCUCCAGCAGGUGAAACUGCCCAGCGGUCCCUCGCCAAUUACACCAGAACAACAAUAUUGGAAGUCAUUUAGGUCGCAGCAAAUCAUCCCGUCCCCGACUUCAUAUCCUGUCACUCACAUUUCUUUCCCCCCUCCUCCCAGCAACCCGCUGCUGCCCUCAAACAAUGACUACUUCUCCGUCACGACCGGCACGCGCGUCCAGAUUUACUCGAUACGAACCCGAAAACUCAUCAAGACCAUAACUCGCUUUUCGGACAUCGCUCACAGUGGUGAGAUCCGCCGUGAUGGCCGCGUUAUGGUUGCCGGCGACGACAGCGGCAAGAUCCAGGUCUUCGAUGUCAACUCGCGCGCUAUUCUCAAGACCUGGGAGGAGCACAAACAGCCCGUGUGGACGACGAAGUUCUCGCCCACAGAGCUGACUACUCUCAUGUCUGCCUCCGACGACCGUACACUACGACUCUGGGAUCUGCCCAGCGGACAGAGCACGACAAAGUUUAUAGGCCAUGGCGAUUAUGUCAGGUCGGCAGCUUUCAUGCCGGGCAUGCUGAGCAACAUGCUUGCCUCUGGUUCCUACGAUUCGACUGUCCGUAUUUGGGAUCCACGCACUCCUACUCGCGCGGCAAUGACAUUCAAGCACGCUGCGCCUGUGGAGGCCGUCCUCCCAAUGCCCUCUGGAACGACUCUCAUCGCAUCCUCCGAAGCACAAAUAUCAGUCCUCGAUCUCGUGGCCGGGAAACCGCUGCACAUCAUCAAGAACCACCAAAAGACUGUCACAGCACUAUGCCUGGCGUCAAAUGGCACACGCCUUGUUUCCGGUGCCCUUGAUGGACAUCUCAAGGUCUUCGAGACAACAUCUUGGAACUCGGUUGCGGGGUCAAAAUACAGCUCUCCCAUCCUAUCUGUGGCCGUCGUCCCAUCUCCAGACCACCAAGACAAGCAUCUUGCCGUUGGUCUCCAAUCCGGCGUCCUAUCCAUCCGCACCCGCCUCUCCGGCGCCCAAAAGGUCAAGGAGCGCGAGCGUGAGAAGGAGAUGGCUGCGCUCAUUGCGGGCAAUGUGGAGGAGUACGAUAAGAAGAACAAGAAGCGGUCUCGUGGCGUAGAGAACAAACUUCGCGGCAUGAAGUUUCUAGGCGAGGGCGCGGACGUCGUUAUCGAGGGAAACGAGAAGCGUAAGAAGGGCGAAAGCCAGUGGGAGAAGAGCCUGCGCAAUGGCCGCUACGGCGCGGCGCUGGAUAUGGUGCUAGGGAGCAACUUGCCGCCUGUGGUUGUGCUGUCUGUGCUUACGGCGCUGAAGCACCGGUCGGCGAUGCGUGAGGCGUUCAGUGGCCGUGAUGAGACGACCGUGAUGCCGAUUCUGCGGUGGGUCGCGAAGUACAUUAUCGAUCCGCGGUAUGUCAGCACGUGUGUGGAUGCCGCCCUGCUUCUUCUGGAUCUUUACAGCGAGCAUGUGGGUGCGAGCGAGGAGCUGGAGAAGGGGGUUAAGUGGCUACAUCGCCGCGUUAGGGCGGAGGUGGAGAGAGCACAGCAGGCAUGUCAGACAGAGGGUAUGUUGGGGAUGCUGAUGGCCGGACGGGCUGUGGCGGCUUGAGGCAGGGGCCCGGGUGAUGAUAUUGCAUGGAUGGUUUGAUAGCGCGGAGUUCGGUCUUUGCAUAUGAAUGGGUUGGGUAAAAUGUAUAUCGUGGUCUGGCGUUGGCGAUGCGGAUGGUGUGAAUCUGUAGUCUAGAUACUGGAGGGUUGAUGUGGAUACUUCAUACCAUACAAUAUAUAUAUGCCUU